GAAGUGGAAGUUGUCUUAAGUUCAUCCUGCUGUCUCUGACAGCCAGUGUUGCUCUUGUAACCACUGUGCGUUUAGUGUUCAGAAGCAGAGACUCGUAACUCACAGAGGAUGGCUUUGUCUUUCGAGGGAAGAGUCGUGCUUGUCACCGGGUCCGGAGGAGGCCUCGGCAGGGAAUAUGCUCUGGCUUUUGCUGAAAGAGGCGCCUCAGUUGUAGUGAAUGACCUAGGGGCAGACAUUAAAGGGGGCGGAAAGAGUUCUGCAGCUGCCGAUAAGGUGGUGGAGGAGAUAAGAGCGAAGGGAGGAAAGGCCGUGGCAAACUACGAUUCUGUAGAAGAUGGAGAAAAGGUGAUCCAAACGGCACUGGAUGCGUUUGGAAGAAUAGAUGUUGUCGUAAACAACGCCGGGAUCCUUCGUGACCGAUCGUUUGCCAGGACGAGUGAUUUGGACUGGGACCUGAUUCAAAGAGUUCACUUGAGAGGCUCCUUCUUGGUGACUCGAGCUGCCUGGAACCACAUGAAAAAACAAAAGUUUGGCAGAAUCAUCAUGACGGCUUCAGCCGCAGGCAUCUAUGGUAGCUUCGGCCAAGCCAACUAUAGCGCUGCCAAGCUGGGCCUGCUUGGGCUGGCAAACACCUUGACCAUCGAGGGAGGCAACUACAACAUCCAUUGCAACACUAUUGCUCCCGUUGCUGGGUCACGCCUCACAGAGACCGUCAUGACCCCAGAACUUGUGGCAUCCCUGAAGGCUGAGUAUGUUGCUCCCGUGGUCCUCUGGCUCUGUCAUGAACAAUGCCAAGAAAGUGGAUCACUGUUUGAGGCUGGUGCGGGCUGGAUUGGGAAAUUGCGCUGGGAGCGUACUCAGGGUGCCAUUGUGAGGCAGAAAAACCAACGCAUGACUCCUGAGGCGGUCCGGGACCAGUGGGACAAAAUCUGUGAUUUCACUGAUGCCACCAAGCCUUCGAGCACACGAGAGUCUGUACAGUAUAUGAUGACUGUGCUGUCUGGACUGGAGUCAGAUGGAGAAGUGGGUGCGACUGCAACCGCAGCUGCUGCUGCAGCCUCGGCUUCAGGGCUCAAUCCUGCUGAGGCCGUGGGACAGAAACUACCACCGACCACUUUCGUCUUCACUCCCACCCAGUGCAUCCUCUAUGCGUUGGGGGUCGGCAUGUCCACCAAGGACCCAGACCACCUAAGGUUCCUGUAUGAAGGCCACGAAGACUUCGGCUGCCUCCCAACCUUCGGGGUCAUUGCCUCUCAGGCUGCCAUGAUGGGUGGCGGGCUGAGCUCAGUCCCUGGACUCAACAUAGAUUUCACACAGGUGUUGCAUGGAGAGCAGUAUCUGGAACUCUACAAACCUUUACCAACCUCAGGUGCUCUUACCUCUCAGUCCAGCGUAGCAGACGUGUUGGACAAAGGAUCCGGCGCCGUCAUCCUCUUGGAUGUGAACACCUACAGCGGCGACGAGCUGAUCUGCUUCAACCAGUUCUCAGUGUUUGUGGUCGGAGCUGGAGGGUUCGGAGGGCGGAGGAACUCCGAGAAAGCCAAAGCUGCUCUGCCUCCACCCAAACGGGCACCAGAUGUUGUGGUGAUUGAUUCUACCACAAGAGACCAAGCGGCCUUGUACCGUUUGAGUGGAGACUGGAACCCUCUUCAUAUAGACCCCAGCUUUGCUGCCAUGGGAGGCUUCAAGGCUCCCAUCCUGCACGGCUUGUGCUCGUUUGGCUUCGCUGCGAGACACGUCCUCAAGCAGUUUGCCAACAACGAGCCCUCCAGAUUCAAGGCUAUGAAGGUUCGCUUUGCAAAGCCGGUGAUGCCGGGUCAGUCGCUACAGACCGAGAUGUGGAAGGAAGGCAACAGGAUUCACCUCCAGUGUAAAGUGAAGGAGACUGACUCCGUUGUGCUAGCGGGGGCCUAUGUGGAUCUACACGGAUCAGAGGCUUCUCCAGAAAACCUCACUCCACCGGGGGCCCUGCAGAGCGAGCUGGUGUUCGCAGAGAUCGGCCGUCGUAUUGAAGACUCGGGCUCAGAGUUGGUCAAGAAGGUGAACGCCGUGGUCGCCUGGGAGAUCACCAAAGACAACAGGAACGCUGCACAGUGGACCAUUGAUCUGAAGAACGGCAGCGGCUCCUUGCACAAAGGCCCCUCCAGUGGGAAGGCGGAUGUGACCAUCACCCUGUCAGAUGAAGACUUCAUGGAGGUGGUGCAGGGGAGACUCAACCCUCAGACGGCAUUCUUUGCUGGCAAGCUGAAAGUUAGAGGGGACAUCAUGCUGACUCAGAAGCUGGAGGUCAUCCUGAAGGACCAUGCCAAGCUCUGAGCUGCUCAGCCAACCAAUCAGAUGACCGACCUUCCUACCAGCUCUCUCUGUCUACAGUCAUGCGUGUGUCAAUGCUUGGCCAUUCAAGAGAAACGCUUAAAAAAAAAAAAAAUCAAGUAAGAUUAAUACUGCUAAACCUGUUAUAAAGCUCAUCCUGACAACAAUCAUAAUUCAGUGAUCUGUUAUUUCAUUACAAUGACUAAUUCCCUUUCUCAGAAAUAGUUGUGGUGUGGUGGAGGUUAUUGCAGGUAUAUGGGAUGCACUCGCCUCUUUCUCCAUCACUUUACAGUACAGCCAAAGAGUUUACCCGCU